CUCCCUCGCAUACGUUCGCCUCGCCAGCCAAUCCUCAAGCACACACACACACACACACACACACUUAUAUACAAGGUGCACACUAACUUCCAGCUCAUACAUACAUAAGGGUGCACACAGGGAGGACUAGUACAGGACUCAGUGACGUGUGGAGCAGUGUGUUUGGAGGUCAUUCGGUGGUGGUUUUAAAGCCUAACAAGGUUUUUUGAAGGUGUGUGGAUGGCAAGGACAGAUUCGAAGGAGGAUCUUUUUAAUUAUUCCAACGGUCAUCUUCCCCAUAGCUGGCCAACGUGGGAUAGAUUACUCAGAAGCCAAAACAGCAAUAACGAGAAGAAGAACACUGAUAUUUUCCGCAAGAACAGCAAGACGAACGGCAUUUUAAGAUAACGAGCUGUAACUUGGAAGAAACUAUACUUGGCUACGAGAGUAAGUCAUCACAACGGACGACUGACCUUGUUUUUCAUCUUUUAACCAACGAAUUUUUACUCAUUCCCAAGACUUGAAAACGGAGAACAGCAGGCCUUGGAAAAACACUUAACCCAUUCCCAAGACUUGAAAACGGGAACAGCAGGCCUUGGAAAAACACUUAACUCAUUCCCAAGACUUGAAAACGGGAACAGCAGGCCUUGGAAAAACACUUAACUCAUUCCCAAGACUUGAAAACGGGAACAGCAGGCCUUGGAAAAACACUUAACCCAUUCCCAAGACUUGUCAGCAGAGAACAGCAGGCCUUGGAAAAACACUUAACCCAUUCCCAAGACUUGUCAGCAGAGAACAGCAGGCCUUGGAAAAACACUUAACUCAUUCCCAAGACUUGUAAACGGAGAACAGCAGGCCUUGGAAAAACACUUAACUCAUUCCCAAGACUUGUAAACGGGAACAGCAGGCCUUGGAAAAACACUUAACUCAUUCCCAAGACUUGUCAGCAGAGAACAGCAGGCCUUGGAAAAACACUUAACUCAUUCCCAAGACUUGUCAGCAGAGAACAGCAGGCCUUGGAAAAACACUUAACUCAUUCCCAAGACUUGUAAACGGAGAACAGCAGGCCUUGAAAAAACACAGCAUUCACCAACAGCAAGAACAGUAACAACAGACAACGGUAAACAGAAGUAAGGAUUAUAAGUUGACAGGAACAGCCCAGUACAGUGAAGAGAACAGAGGAACAGCAGGCCUUGAGAAAACAGCAUUCCAUCAACAUCAAGGACAGAAAUCACAGCAGACAACAGUAACAGGGUAAGAGAAAUAAACAUCCAGUAGUCUACAGUGAAAAGGAAGCAAAAGAACAAUUGACAACCGAAUCAGGACAGCCAAGGAAAACAGGAUAUCACAACGGCAAGAACAGCAUGUAACAGGACCAACAGGAAACAGAGAUAAACGUAACAGAAGUAUACAUGUGAAAAAACAGCGAAACAGGAAUCAUUGACAACAGAAUCAGGACAGCCAAGGAAAACAGGAUAUCACAACAGCAAGAAUAGCAUGUAACAGGACCAACAGGAAACAGAUAAACGUAACAGAAGUAUACAUGUGAAAAAACAGCGAAACAGGAAUCAAUGACAGCAAAACAGGACAGCCAAGGAAAAACAGCAUUCCAUUAACAACAGACAAGAGCAACAACGAUAACAGACGUAACGACAUUAACGGUUACAAUAGACAGCAUUUAAGAAGCCUCGGUGCAUGAAAACUGACAUCACAGAAAAACCGCCACUGACAGCAAGCAGAAGACAGCAAGACAGACCAACCCAGACACACAGAACAAGCCAUAGAAAGCCCCAGACAGCACAGCAUCCCACAGCAACAGGAGAAACAGGUCACACGUGAUAACCAGUGCUGAGGGAGGAGGAGGAAGCAGGAGGAGGAAGAGCCGGCUGGUCGGUCUGUAGGCUACCCUGUCUGUCACCACCACCACCACCAUCACCGCUGCCUCAAAUCCACACUAUUAGACAGAUUGGCGCCUUGUGAAGUGCUUGUAGGAGGGAGAGAGGGAGAGAUAAGGACAGUGUAAGAGGUGGGAGAGGAGAAAGAGGACCAGGAGGAACACCCUGGCACACAUACACACAGACAGACAGACAUCACGCGAGCUGCAGACACGAGUUGACCCUAGGAACACGUGACCGGCUCGCUCUCUCUUUGAACCCUCCAAUCCCCUUUCUCCCUUCGCAACGGUACCGGCAUUUUUACCUGCAACAUGAGGCCCCGACCACGUGUGAUGAGGUGCAGCUGUGUGUUCUGUGCUAAAGCCCCGGACAGCAGUACAAGCAUUAGUAAGGACUGCGAGACUGCUUAUUUCCCCUACCUCGGCGCUGGCAUUGCAGGACCCGUAGUGGUGCCCAAAACCUUCAAGCAGAUGUACAGUUACACCUCCAGACAACAGGAAGUGGCGAAUAUCAGGAGUAAAUUCCCGAACAAAAUUCCCGUGGUGGUGGAGAGGUACGCGAAGGAGACCACGUUGCCUAUCCUCGACAAGACCAAGUUUCUGGUGCCUCAGGAGCUCACCAUGUCCCAGUUCGUCACCAUUCUCAGGAACAGAAUGCAGCUCCAAUCCACCAUGAGUUUCUACCUCCUCGUCAACAACCGCUCGCUGGUCUCCCUCUCGCGGCCGCUCUCCGAGGUGUACCGUGAGUGUAGGGACGAUGACGGCUUCCUCUACGUCACCUACGCCAGCCAGGAGGUCUUCGGCUGAGGGCAGGACAGAUGAGGUCCGGUCAAGGUGCUCAAGCUUUGUACUGCUGUGAUAGAUGGCCAAGGGGUCACCACCAGGGGCAGGGGUCGAGGCGGGGGGCUGGGGGGCGGGCAGGGGCAGGGCGGGGGUCACCAAGCCUUCAGGUGGCGGCCCUUAACCCUUCCUGACUUCACCUCCACCCCCGUCACCACCACCACCACCACCACCUUCUACGACACCGCCAGCACCACCACCACCACCACCACACCCUCUACCACACCACAAGGACCCGUGUCUCUGCUCCUAACAAGAGUUCUUCCACCACCACAACUACUGCUGCCACCUCCACCACCACCACCGCCAGCACCACCUCCGAGCUAACAAGGGCUGACAUUUAGGGCUCCCUCGUCAUGUCUACAACUGUGGCCACUUCUACUACUACUACUACUACUACUACAGCUACUGCCAUAUCUACCAUUGUUUUUGACCACUGCAAUUAUGUACUACUUAUGUUACUACCACUAUCGAAUACUACUUUUAAUUCUACUUUUACUAUUAACUACUACUACUACUACUACUACUACUUCUAUUAAUAUAUCUACUACUACUACUUUAAUUUUUAUUUCUACUACUACUACUACUACUAUUUCUACUACUACUAUGAUAUGGUACACGGAUAUAUAUUGUUUUUAUAAGUAUGUAUAUCUAUAUUUUUUUUAUGGCAUUGCUGUAAUCAUCAUAUCACCAUUGUCAUCAUCACCUUCAUCAUCACCAUCAUCUCUGGUUACCAUCAUCAUCAUCACUACCAUUAAUUUUUUUUUUUAUCUUAACUGACUACCACCAUCACCAUCAUUGUUUUUCCCAUUUUUUUUUUCUUCACCAACCCCCAUUUUUAUCAUCAUCUUCAUCAUCACCAUCAUCAUCAUCCUUGUCAUGUGUGAUUGGCUGUGUUAUGUAUAAGUUCUUGUAGAGUCGAUAUUUUAAGGUUGUUUCAUUCAUUUCAUUUUUUAAGUCUGUUUUUAUCUUCCUUCAUAGACUUCGGAACACAUGAGAAGAUUUUGCUGGGAGAUAUUUGGUUCAGUCAGCUCUUUGAUUUUCUUGUUUUGCUUUGUUUUACCUCUUCCAGCCUCAUAUUUUAUCUCAUUCUUGUUUUUCAUUUUGGUAGUUUAUAAGACAAAAGAAAUUCAGUUUGGUUGCUCAUACAGAUUCAUUUUCCUUGCCCUGUGAGGUCUAGUUGAAUUCAGUGUGCUCUUCUUUUCCUAUUUGGCGUCAGUACACCUUCUUUCUCUCCCUAUCCUUCCCUUUCCCCUCCUUUCUUUAUUUCCCUUCCUUCCCUUCCUCUCCUUUCUUUCCCUAUCCUUCCCUUCCUCUCCUUUCUUUAUUUCCCUUCCCUUCCCUUCCUCUCCUUUAUUUCCCUUCUUUCCCUUUCCCCUCCUUUCUUUAUUUCCCUUCCUUCCCUUCCUUCCUCUCCUUUCUUUUCCCUGACCCUCAAUUAAUUACUCUUUUCUUCCAUUCCUUUUUCCCUCCCUACCCUUUUUUUCCCUACCUUACCUCACUGUACCCUAGCCUUUCUUACCCUACCCUACCUUACCUUAUUGUACCCCUCCCUUUCUUACGCAAAACUCUUACCCUACUACCCUUCCCUUCCCUUCCCUUCCUCUCCCUUCCCUUCUCUUCCCUUCCCUUCUCUUCUCUUCCUUUGCCUUCCCAUCCCUUCCCUUCCCAUCCCUUCUCUUCCUUUCUCCUUUCCUUUCCCCUACCCUCCUUUUCCAUUCCUUCUCUUCCUUUCCCUUCCUUCCCUUCCUUUCCUUUCCCUUCCCUUCCCUUCCCCUUAUUCCACCCACUCAUUCCCUACUCCUUCCUACUCUUCCCAAUUCCUUCCUCCCUCAGCAUACCUAACCUAACCUAACCUAACCUAACACACCACUCUCCAACUACCUCACACCCACCCUCGUCCUGCCCGACCUGAUGGCUUCUGUGCCGUGGAAACAAACAGACUUGCUCACGAUACACUGUUGCAUUUAUCGGGUCUAACUGACUGAUGACUGUUUGCGUGAAUACCCUAGGGCCUAGUGAGUGGCUGUGCGUGUGUGUAUUUGGUUACUUAACUGGCUAGCGACUGUGUACCUUGCCUUGGAUAGUAACUGGAUAUAUGGAUGUCUGAACUAACUGAGGGGUGUUUGUUUACCUCUGACCAGUUAGUGUGUGCAUAUGUUUGUUUGUCUAGCUAUGUGUAUGUGCUCAGAGUGGAGAGUAACUGGAUAUAUGUAUGUCUUAACUAACUGAGGAGUGUCUGUGUACCUCUGACCAGAUAGUUAGUAAGUGCAUAUGUCUGUCUAGCUGUGUGUGUGUGUGUGUGUGUGUGUGUGUGUGUGCCAGCUGAUAGUUUUUUCAUCUUUAGGUUAUUUUAAGGACGUUGUGAAGUUGUGAUAUGUAUGUAAAGUAGGUGAGGAUGAGUGAGAGGUCCAUACAUAGAUGCAUUUCGCGAUAUUUGAGGUAUUACUCGAAGCAUUACAUCAUUGCCUUAAGGAGUAUAGGUUUUUAACAGGAGUGGGUGUGUUUAGAGGGCAAGGAAGGAAGUUUUAAAUGAUCUUUUGACUAGAGAUGUUUGUGUGCUUGUUAUUCAUCCAAGGUCAUGCUCACUGCUCAUUCAUUUUUUUAUCUGGGAAAAUUUGAUACAUUCUCACAGGUGAUACGUUUUGACAGGAGCACAGGACAUGUUUGUACUUGCUCCUAAAGUCAAUACUCUCAGACUCAACUAUUUUCAAAGGCUGAGAAGGAGAUGUUAUUGGGUUUUCAUGGCUAUAUUUUUUCCCUUCAUGAUUCAAAAGCUCUCAGACUACCACCAAUAUCUGAAGGCCUAAAAAGGAAAUAUAUUGGGUUCUCACUG